GUACAGUAUUACCUAGUUCGCGCAAACUCUUUAAUAGAUACCAGUUUAUAACAACUGUUAUACCAAUAACUGGUAAUGAUCUAUAGUUAUAGCUAUUUCAUAUUUAAUUAAACAAUGUGGUAAUUGAAGUAUCUAUAUAGGAAGUAUUUAAUUAUACAGAAAAAAGUAAUGAAUGAAAUAAUAAAAAAUUAAUAACAAAAUAAUUUAUUGAUAUUUGCUUAUUGUUUACAUUUUUAGUAUAGAACAAAAAUUAUUAGGUUCUUCGCCAAUAACCUACUUUCAAAAUGGGAGUAAAAGAUAUUGAAUUUGCUCCUUUAUGCAUACCACUAAGUCGAAGACUCGAAACCCUUUCAGUAGCUAUUAUGACUUCUUUGUUCUUGUUCACUGGCAUAUCAGGAACUAUUAUUUUAGUAUAUAUUAUACUGUGUACUCGAUUUUGGUGGUUUGGAUUAGCUUAUAUUUCCUGGAUGAUAAUUGAUAGAAAUAUUGCUUCUUCAGGAAAUCCUAGUUAUUAUUACAGAAUAAGAAACAUCCGUAAUUGGACAUUGUGGGUAUUAGUAAGAAGGUAUUUUAAAAUACAGUUAGUAAAAACUCAUGAUCUCCCUGCUAAUAAGUCGUAUAUAUUUGCUACACACCCUCAUGGUACAUUCUGCAUUGGAGCUUUCAACAAUAUUCUGACUAAUGCAAGUCCUUUUCGAAAAUUUUUUCCGGGACUACAAACAUUUAUGAUGAUUCUAAAUGUGCAUUUCUAUAUGCCUUUCCAUCGUGAACUCUACAUAAGCAUGGAUGGAAAGAAAGGAAAUGUAGCAGUAUUAAUGGUCGGUGGAGUUAGUGAAGCUUUUCAAUCAUUUCCAGGGCCCGUACAUCUGGUAGUUAAUAAAAGAAAAGGAUUUGUUCGAGUAGCGUUAAAAACCGGAGCAUCAAUUGUACCAGUAUUUUCUUUUGGAGAAAACAAUACGUAUCAUAAGUAUGAUGUUCCAACGAAUUCAAUAUGGUAUAAAAUUUUACGACUAUUAAAAUGGAAGAACGAUAGAUCUAUACCAAAUGGUCGAGGUCUUCUACAAUAUUCAUUUGGUCUGAUGCCACGUAGAUGCCCAAUUGUUACAGUUGUUGGUAAGCCAAUUGAUGUUCCGAAAAUAACCAAUCCAACAAAUUAUGACAUUGAAAAAUAUCACAAAUUAUAUGUAGCGGAAUUGAUAAAUGUAUUUGAAAAACAUAAAGCCAAAUAUUCAACAUAUCCUGAAGAAAUGAACUUAAUAUUAGACUAAAAUUUCAAGAAAUACAAUGAAUCAGACUGAAGUUACCAAUAAAACACCUGAAUUAUUUUU